AUGUCUAUCUCAAUUCUACAAGCCGGUCCUGCUAUCAUGUAUGGCGGCCUUGCCCUUGGAUUGGGAUAUGGAACCUUUGUGCGUGAGAAGGAACCCUCCUGGAAGAUGCCAGCCAUCAUAUCCGCAGGAUUCUUUUGUUUUACCGCGUUCACUGUCUAUCAAGAAGGCCUCCUCGGUGUAAUCCCCAAUCAUACUUCGAAUUACUGGGGUAAUCAAGUCUGGUAUGAUCUGCUGUACUCCGUGGGCCUCUUUUGGUUUGCUCUUGUACAACGUGCGAAGAAGGUCGGAAUGCCUUUGUUGCCUUGGUUCAUUUAUGUCAUUUGCACUGCAAGCAUUGGUGGAUUGCACAUGUAUGCUCGAAUCUUGCACCUUGAAGAAGAGAAAGGUAAAAGGGAUGAUGGUCCUGUCAAUGCCAACUCUGGUCUCCUCUAA